GUGCCUUCAUUAUUCUAAUGAUAUGAUGCAGUGCAGUCCUAACCUCCGAUGUUGAUGGGAGGAUGAAGUUAGGCAGCAGGCACCACCUAUGUGCUGAAGGUGCAGAUGUUACAUUGGGUCAGCAUUUGAACUGACACUGCAUACCAGCCACACAUACUGCACAAUUUGCCCUUUUUAUACUACAGCAUGUGAAAAGAUCUAAAGGAAUUGGGAGCUGCACAGGAAUAAGACUGGAGCACCUCAGUGAGUGCUGUGGAGGGCCAGGAAACAUAUUAUUUCCAAUUAACAUGACCAUAAGAAAUGUGGAAAGUCAAAAUCCCCUUGUUGAGUUAGGAGGUAGAUACAAACCAUGGAACCAUCAGUCUAAUCACAAAACAGCCAUAAUAAUUCCAUAUCGAAAUCGUGAGGAACACCUAAUUCAUCUGCUUAAUAAUCUCCAUCCAUUUCUUCAGAGGCAGCAGCUCAAUUAUGGGAUUUAUGUCAUUAACCAGGCAGGCAAUUUCACUUUCAACCGUGGAAAGCUGCUGAAUGUGGGGUUUAAAGAAGCCAUGAAAGAGGAAGACUGGGACUGCUUCUAUUUUCAUGAUGUGGAUCUUAUUCCAGAGGAUGACCAAAACAUCUACACCUGUGACGCAAGUCCUAAACAUACCUCUGUUGCAAUAGACAUUUAUCAAUACAAUGCAGCAUGUUCAGCUUGCUUUGGUGGAGUAUCCGCUCUGACUCCUCAGCAGUUCAUGAAAAUAAAUGGUUACUCAAAUCAUUACUGGGGCUGGGGAGGAGAGGAUAAUGACAUUUUUCAGAGAAUUCGUAGAAACAGUAUGAAGAUCUUUGAACCCCCUAAACAUAUUGGUCGCUACAAGAUGAUUAGACAUACACGUGACAAGGGUAACGAGAAAAACCCAGAAAGGUUUAGUUUGCUUAAACUAGGAAGAUGGUUCUGGAAACAAGAUGGCAUGAAUACCCUCAAAUAUGAGGUUCUCUCAAAAGAAUAUCAUCCUCUCUACACUAAUGUUACUGUGGACAUCGGCAUGGAGAGGAAACCAGUGCACCGACUGGGUCUGAAAUUCAGAAGACAUUUAUUCAAACCCUUAUUUCAUAAAUCACAGUCAAAAGAAGCCCAGAAAAUACCUACAAAGCCACCAAGAGUGUUUGUUUUGUGAAUGAAAUGCAUAGUCAAUGGUGACUUUUGGAUGUUUACACACAUUUUCAAAAUAAAUCAUAAAAUGCAAUGAACUUGCAGAUUAAAAAUAGGUCUCUAAUAAAAAUGCAUGUCUAACUGCUGCUGAUGCUGGUUUAAAGCAAUGCACUUAUAAAAGGACCAGUUUGCCAAAUAGUGUAAUUUCUGGAUUCUAUGUAUAGAAUAUCUCCCCUCUCCUUUACUUGUUACUGUAUGUACUCUGAUGGCAGGGUGCUAUUGAAAUGUAUCAGUUCAACAAAGUACACUUUCUGAAGUGCUGAAGCUAUAAUAGCUGAAUUUUUUGUAUCUUAAUAUAAAUAGCCUUCCUUAAGGGGGUCUUUCCAUUAUCAUCUUUUUAGGAUAGUCUAUUUAAGGCCUGCCAUUGACAGUUGUUCAUCCAUCCAAAUGUUAAAUCUUUAAAUAAAGGCUGGGAUUCAUAGCUCCCUUGUCCACUCUGCAAAGCUGUACAGGUGAUCGUGUGUAGCACAUAAUGGGUAUCUAACUCAUCAAUGUCAUGCAUGCUUCAAUGCAAAGACUCAAUCCUGAGCAGUCUGACUCACUGUUCAGGUCUCCAAGACCACAUGGAAAUGUAAUGAUAUGGGGGCAAGGUCUGUUUAAAGUAGGUUGCUGCAUUUCAUGGCUGUAUUGCUCGCUUCGACUUUGCAUAGUAUAACGAUUCAGAUAAGGCCAUACUGCAGAAGUUCUGAGCAGAGCAGUGGAGCCACAUUGUAGCUAUUAGUCACUUGCACCUUUUGUUGUAAGUAAGGCAUAUCCGAGCAAAGCAAUGUGCA